AUGUCGUCAGAAGAAGAAUUGAUUGUAUUGUUUAGUAACGUUGGGUUUGAUGAGAAAAAGUCAAAGGAUAUUGCCAAGAACAAGAAAGUAGCUGGAUUGUUACAAUCGGUGUUGACAAAGUCAUCGGUUGACACAUACACUGACGAGAAAAAAUUGACAUUGUUACACCAGUUGGCAGUAUUGGAAAAUAAGAAUGGGAAGCCAAUCCCUAAUGUCGAGUAUUUAAUCAGUGGAAUCAAUAAUGACGAAAUAAAGACUAAUUUGCAAAUCACGGAGGGGAUUAAACACUUGCAAUCUGAAGCAUCACCAAAUCAAAAUGACUUUAAUGAAGCAACUGGUGUAGGUGUUGAAAUUGGGGAACCACAAGUCAGAGAAGAGAUUGGUAAAUAUCUUGACACAAUCAGUUACAAAUUGGAAACCGAAAGAUAUUCCGUCUUGCCUAAAGUCAUGUCUGAAGUGAAAGCGCAACCAUCUUUGAAGUGGGCGCCACCUAAUUUAUUUAAACCAGUACUUGAUGACUUGUUUUUGGCUCGGUUGGGCCCUAAGGAUGAAAGAGAUGUGAAAAAGAAAGAGAAAAAGAAGCCAGUGGCUGCCGCAGCUGCAACAGUCGCGACUGCCAAACCAGAGCCGGAAAAGGAAAGAUCCAUGUUUUCGGAGGGUUUUCUCGGCGACUUGCAUAAGGCAGGGGAAGAGCCACAAAAAUACCCCGAAUUAUUAAAAGCCCAUCGUGAAUUCAUCAAGGGACAGGUAUACACUCGUUUCCCCCCUGAACCAAAUGGAUUUUUGCACAUUGGACAUUCAAAGGCCAUCAUGGUAAAUUUUGGAUUUGCUCAGUAUCACAAAGGUAAUUGUUAUUUAAGGUUUGACGAUACUAAUCCUGAAGCGGAGGAAGCAAAAUAUUUCGAAUCUAUAAAGGAGAUGGUGGCUUGGUUGGGCUAUGAACCGUGGAAGAUCACCUACUCCUCCGAUUAUUUCGAUGAAUUGUUUCAAUUGGCAGUUGAACUUAUCAAAUUAGAUAAAGCUUAUAUUUGUCAUUGCACACCUGAACAGGUUAAAUUAGGUCGUGGUCAGCGUGAAGAUGGUUCGAUGGGUGGUGAAAGAUUUGCUUGUGAACAUAGAUCUCAAUCAAUUGAACACAACUUGGCUGAAUUCUUAGCCAUGAAGGAAGGAAAAUAUGCAACUGGUGAGGCCACCUUACGUAUGAAGCAAGAUUUGACUAGUCCUUCACCACAAAUGUGGGACUUAGUUGCUUACAGAGUAUUGAAUAAGCCACAUCACCGUACCGGUUCCAAAUGGAAGAUAUACCCUACUUAUGACUUCACUCAUUGUUUAGUGGAUUCUUUGGAAAACAUUACCCACUCGUUAUGUACCACUGAGUUUGUCUUAUCCAGGGAAUCUUACGAGUGGUUGUGCGACAGUUUACAUGUAUAUAGACCAGCCCAACGUGAAUAUGGAAGGUUGAACAUGACUGGUACAAUUAUGUCAAAGAGGAAAAUUGCCAAACUAGUAAACGAAGGAUACGUUAGAGGGUGGGAUGAUCCUAGAAUUUAUACCUUGGAAGCGAUCAAGAGAAGAGGUAUACCACCGGGUGCCAUUUUGUCGUUUAUAAAUACAUUGGGGGUCACUACAUCAACUACGAACAUCCAAACUACCAGGUUUGAAAGUGCCGUACGUCAAUUCCUCGAUCAAACCACCCCUCGGUUGUUUUUAGUCUUGAAUCCAGUUGAAGUUCAUAUUGAUAAUUUAGCAGAUGACUUUGAAUUGGAGGUGGAAAUUCCUUACAAGCCAGGUAAAGACGUCAACUCAUUAGGCAAUAGAAAAUUGAAAUUUACUAAUCGUGUUUACAUCGACCGUGGUGAUGUUAGAGAUGAACCUGCUGAUAAAGAGUACUAUCGUUUAGCCCCAGGACAGCCAGUUGGGUUGUUGAAAGUUCCAUUCAAUAUCAUUUUUAAAUCUGUCGAAACUGUCCAUGGCAAGACUAUUGUUCAUGUUGAUUACGAUAGCGCCCAAGCAACAAAAAAACCAAAAACGUAUAUUCAAUGGGUGCCUGUCAACAAUUGCAUCCUGGUUAAGGAGGUCCGUAUUUAUAACCAACUCUUCAAUUCUGAAAACCCUGCCGGUCAUCCUGAUGGUUAUCUUGCUGAUAUCAAUCCUGCUAGUGAGGAUGUUUUGACCAAUGCUGUAAUUGAAUCCAAUUUUGAAGAAAUAGUUGUCAAGUCUCCCAUGAAUUUGACUAUUCCAGAUUCACAAUUUAAUAUUAAAGAGGAUAAGGGUAAUCAUACCAUUCGAUUCCAGGCUUUAAGAGAAGGGUAUUUCUGUGUCGACAAGGACUCGAAAGAUGAUGCUUUGGUUUUGAAUAGAAUUGUAACUUUGAAAGAAGAUGCUAAUAAGUAG